AUGUUGUUUAACGCGCACCUGCUCACAGCAUUAUCACUCCUAACUUUAUCAAACGCGGGCCACAUGGCUCAGAACACUUCUGACGUCAUCACGACGUAUAUGGGCCAUUCUGACGUGCAGCCGGUGUUUAGGAAGGGGAACGAAAAAGGGGGGAGGAGUGCGGGAGAGAGGAAGGGGGAUAAAUUGAAGAGUGAAGAAAAGGAGAAUGAUUCGGACUAUUUGGAGCAAACGAACCAUAAGGACUCUUCUGACGUGCAACGCCACAUGGCCCACACCACUUCUGACGUGAUCACGACGUACAUGGGCCAUUCUGACGUGCAGGCGCCGGUACAACCGUUUAGGAAGGGGAACAAAAAGGGGGAAAGGGGUGGGAAGGGGAGGGGGGAUAAGUUGAAGACUGAAGAGAAGAAGAAUGAUGAGGAUUUUUUGGAGCAAACGACCGCACACCCAGAAACGGGCAACGACGUGGUAUUCAUACCAUCUGGGAACAACGACCCCAGUUUCCGAAGGUCAGGCGGGGCGAGACGAGACGAAUACUCAGUAAAAGACAUGAUGGAGCGAGUGGCUGUAGGAGAUGUGAUCAACGAGCGAUAUAGGACUGAGACAGAGGCCCCAGCAGAAGGCGCAGUGGUCUUCAAGCCCGGAAAGAACGACGAAAGAACAGAAGAGAAGAUAAAGCACGAAAUGGACGACGAGAGAAUAGAACAAGCCGUCAAAGAAUACAAGGAGAUCUACGAGAAUCCUAUGGAUUGCGAGAAUUUAGACUGCGAGAACGUUCUCGAAGCCGUCUGCGGGGUGAAAUUGGAAAAUAAAAGGCCUAAAUACAGACUGUUUAAGAAUGAGUGCUUUUUUAGGAAGGUCAACUGUGGAUUGAAGUACGAUUACAACAGGUAUAGAACAGUGUCAAUCGACCAAUGCGACGGAGUGGGUAGCCACCUGCCUCCCCAGGAGCACACUGGCUGGAUCCAGUACCAGCCCAGACCCUUGCCAAGAAGCCAACCGAGCGGUGGGCAGACAAGCGGCCGACGAACCAAUAGCAGACGAGCGAUGACAGCCAACGCGGACGGUCUCCCGUGUAACCACUACUGCCCGACUCGAUGUCCGGACAUGUACACGCCUGUUUGCGCCUACACGUCCAACAGGGCCAGAGUGUUCCAGAACCAUUGCCAGCUGGAUCUGCAGUCGUGUAGCGAUGGGUCAGUGUGGCAAGAGCGCGCACUGGCAGAAUGCGCAGGUGACGUACGCGCAGAAGUGCAUGAAAGGGCGGCCUUCAUUAGUUGGAUGCAACGAAUGGGAAUUUUGGACAAAAAGGGACACCUAGUCAUGUAAUCACAUUUAAAUAAAUCAGAACAUAAUGCCGGCGACAUUUCAAUAAUGGAUUUUUGUAAUUAUUUUUAGUUAUGGUUUCUUUUUUGUAGAAUUUUAAUUAAUAAAUCAAAUCAAUCAAUAGGUAUUUAAAAAAAAUAGGUUUAGCGUGCGUAGCAUAAUGUACAGUCACCGUCAUAAAGAAGUGAUUGACGGCGACCGGUCUGGCGCAGUCGGUAGUGACCCUGCCUGCUACGCCGCGGUCCCGGGUUCGAAUCCCGGUAAGGGCAUUUAUU